CGGUCCGACGCACACGUGUUUAGCGUUGCAGCACAUUUCAGUUUAUUUUUUUUCUCUCGAAAUAAGAAAAGUGAAUUAAACGAAAAGAAUAUUAUAAUGGCCGAUGUUGCAGAAACUACAAGUGCUGAAGUUAUCGCCGAUGUAAAACAGGCGGAAAAAGUUGAAGAUUCCAACGCAGCCGGCAAAAACGGAGAUGCCGAAAAAGAAGAAGACGAAUCGGCGGCACCCGCAACCGAUGAGAACAGCAAAGAGGAGCGCGCAAUCAUUCGGCAGGUUGAGUACUAUUUCGGCGAUGCCAAUCUGCAUCGCGACAAGUUCCUCAGUGAACAGAUCACAAAGAACGAGGGAGGAUGGGUGCCGCUAUCCGUGCUGGUCACAUUUAAACGUUUGGCAGCGCUCACCACAGACUUCGAUGAGAUCGUCAAUGCACUGAACAAAUCGGGCGAGGGGCUAGUAGAGAUCAGCGAGGAUAAGCAAAGCUUGCGUCGUCACACCGAACGGCCCAUACCCGAACACAAUGAGGAGCGUCGCAAAGAGAUUCAGGAGCGCACCGCCUACGCGAAGGGUUUCCCAUUGGAUUCGCAAAUGACCGAAAUUCUCGAUUUUGUCAGCGCCUAUGAGAAGGUGGUUAAUGUAACGAUGCGCAAACAUUAUGACAAACCCACCAAGUCGUACAAAUUCAAGGGCAGCAUUUUCGUCACAUUUGAGAAGAAGGAACAGGCGAGUGAAUUCCUGGCCAAGGACAAGAUUGUCUACAAGGAGCGCGAGCUGCUGCGCAAGUGGCAAGUUGAUUAUUUGAAGGAGAAACAGGAGGAAUACCAGAAGAAGAAUGAGAAACGCAAACUAAAGAAGGAGGCUAAAGCUGAGCCAGAAAUUGAUCUGCCUAAGAAUGCAAUUGUUGUGUUCGAGGGUGCUCCCGAUACUGUUACACGCGAGGAGAUACGCGAAGCCUUCGAAAAGGUCAAGGACUUUGAUAUUGCCUACAUUGAGUUCAACAAGGGCGACACUAAGGGCUCCGUUCGUCUCACAGAGGCGGAUGCCGCCGAGAAAUACAUUGCCAAAGUGGAGGAUGCCAAGCUUAAGUUCAACGAUGAAGUCUCCCUAACCCUGCGAAAGGCGAACGAUGAGGAAGAGAAAGAGUUCCUCGAUAAGGCCAUUGAAUUUAUGAAGAAGCGCCGCGACUUCUCACGUGGCAAGAACAACAAGCGUUUUGGACGCAAGCGUCACGGCGGACACGACAAUCGGAGCCACAGCAAGAAGCAGCGCUCCGAGUAGUGUGGCUCCCAAAAUCUUUGCUAGACUCCAUAUGAUAUGCAAAUGAAAAAUGUUAGUUCUAGUUGUUAGCUUUAAGCAAAUUGAUUUUGUGACAUCCAAUUGCUACUAUAUUACUAGAUUGAUUUCCAGUAACAUUAAGCAUAAGUCUGAGAUCCAAAUGUCUCGUGUGAAAUGUGUAUAGUUUACAUAAUAUGAGAGGAACUCUUAUUUAUUUUAUUUACUGAACAUUUUUUGUUUUCUUUGCUUAACGAAAUUAAAAAAAAAAAUAAAAAAAAACAGUUUGUAAUCAACAAUGUUAAAUUGUAUUUGAGCAGCUCCAUCGUCGGACCAAAUAACAGAAAAGUUUAAUUAUCAUUUCAAGUAAUAUGUGCAUAUACAUAUGUAUGAGCAUAAGCCACCUAGGCAUUAAAGCCACUUGAGCUGAAAUGUAUUCUCCAAGAAAAUAGUUUUGUAACUCUUUAAUAUGUAAAUUUAAUACAUAUUUUAAUUUACCUUUAGAGUAUAGAUUUAAACAACUUACGAACCAUCAAGAAUAAAUAACCUGCAUAUAAAAG